UGGGGCUGCUCCCGGCCCCGGCGGCGAGGACGGCGGCGGCGGCAGCGGCGGGGUCCGCGUUGGCCGCCGGCGGGGACCCAGUGCUGCCCCGCCGCGCCCGCCCGCCCCAUCGCACGCCGUUGUCAUGGAGGAGCCAAGAUGGCGGCGCUGGCCUACACCGGGGGCAAGCGAGAGAUCAACUACUACUUCAGCGUGAGGAGCGCCAAGGCGCUGGCGCUGGGCGCCGUCCUGCUCCUCACCGCCUGCCACACCGCCUCCCGCCGCUACCGAGGUGGUGAUACAUGUGAGUAUCUUCUGUCCAGUGGGAGAUUUCUUGGAGAAAAAGUAUGGCAACCUCACAGUUGUAUGAUGCAUAAGUAUAAAAAUAGUGAAGCAAAAAAUUGCCUCAUAGACAAACAUGUUGUGUUUAUAGGAGAUUCUAGAAUUCGACAGCUGUUCUAUUCAUUCAUAAAACUGAUAAAUCCUCAAGUCAAAGAAGAGGGAAUUAAGCAUGGAAAUAUCCCGUUUGAAGAUAAAUCUGCUUCAAUUAAAGUGGAUUUUCUGUGGUACCCAGAAGUUAAUGGCUCUAUGAGGCAACGUAUCAAAUCUUGGACUGAGGGUUCUGUGGCAAAACCUCAUAUAAUUGUAGUAGGAGCUGCCACGUGGUCUAUCAAGAUUCACAAUGGCAGCAACGAAGCCCUUGCACAAUAUAAAAUCAAUAUCACUUCAAUUGCACCUCUUUUGGAAAAAUUAGCAAUAAGUAGUGAUGUUUACUGGGUCUUACAAGAUCCUGUUUAUGAAGAUAUGCUGAGUGAAAGUCGGAAGAUGAUCACUAAUGCGAAAAUAGAUGCUUAUAAUGAAGCAGCUGUUCGUAUUCUGAACAGCAGCUCUCGAAAUUCCAAAGCUAAAGUUAAAGUGUUCAGUGUAUCAAAAUUGAUAGCACAAGAAACUAUCAUGAAGUCUGCAGAUGGCCUGCAUCUCCCUGAAUCAAGCAGAGAUACAAAUGCAAUGAUUCUUAUGAAUGUCUACUGCAAUAAAAUAAUGAAGCCCAUUGAUGGCUCCUGCUGCCAGCCUCAGCCUCCUCUUACUCUGAUACAGAAGAUAGCUUUCUGUUUCUUUACUUUGUCCAUUUUUGGAUAUUUAAUUAUCAGCUUAAUUCAUCGGAAUAAUUAUCGGAAGAACAAAACAUGCACUGAUUUGGAAAGCGGAGAGGAGAAGAAACCUGCCAUCAGCACACCUAAUGUUUCUACUUUAGAGAUGCUCUUACACUGCUUUUGCAAACUUGGUCUAAUCAUGACCUAUUUUUAUCUGUGUGACAGAGCAAAUCUUUUCAUGAAGGAAAAUAAAUUUUACACACAUUCAUCUUUCUUCAUACCAAUCGUCUAUAUCUUGGUUUUGGGGGUAUUUUAUACUGAAAAUACCAAAGAGACUAAAGUGUUAAAUAGAGAACAGACUGAUGAAUGGAAGGGCUGGAUGCAACUUGUUAUUUUGAUUUAUCAUAUCUCUGGAGCAAGCACUUUUUUGCCUGUGUACAUGCACAUUCGAGUUCUGGUUGCUGCAUAUCUGUUUCAAACAGGUUAUGGGCACUUCUCAUAUUUUUGGGUAAAAGGGGACUUUGGUGUAUACAGAGUGUGUCAGGUUUUAUUUCGUCUCAAUUUCUUGGUUGUGGUACUGUGCAUAGUGAUGGACCGACCUUACCAAUUCUACUAUUUUGUGCCAUUAGUCACUGUCUGGUUUAUGAUAAUUUACGUGACCUUAGGUGUAUGGCCUCAGAUUGUCCAGAAGAAAGCAAAUGGGAACUGCCUGUGGCACUUUGGCUUACUCCUGAAACUGAUUUGCUUACUGAUAUGUAUAUAUUUUCUGUCAUAUUCUCAGGGUGCAUUUGAGAAGAUAUUUUCCUUUUGGCCAUUGUCCAAGUGUUUUGAACUGAAUGGCAAUGUCUAUGAAUGGUGGUUUAGGUGGAAGCUGGAUCGCUACGUGGUUUUUCAUGGGAUGCUGUUUGCUUUUAUUUAUCUGGCACUGCAGAAACAUCAGAUGAUAUCAGAAGGAAAAGGAGAUCCUCUUUUCUCCAACAGAGUUUCAAAUGUUUUGUUAUUUAUUUCAAUUGUGUCCUUUUUGACCUACUCUAUUUGGGCUAGUAGCUGUAAAAACAAGACAGAGUGCAAUGAGCUACAUCCUUCUGUUUCUGUGGUACAGAUUUUAGCUUUCAUCCUCAUCAGGAACAUUCCUGGAUAUGUCCGAUCUGUGUAUAGCUCAUUCUUCGCCUGGUUUGGCAAAAUUUCUUUAGAGCUCUUCAUUUGCCAAUACCAUAUUUGGCUGGCAGCAGACACAAAGGGGAUCUUGGUGCUCAUUCCUGGAUAUCCAAUGUUUAAUGUUCUUGUCAGCACUUUCAUAUUUGUGUGCGUGGCACAUGAGAUUUCUCAGAUCACUAAUGAUCUAGCACAGAUUGUGGUUCCUAAAGAUAAUUCAACUCUGCUGAAAAGGUUGCUGUGCAUAGCUGGAUUUUUUUCUGGACUACACUUCUUUUCAGCAAUGCAAGAUCAGUCAAGGCAUUAACUUGGAAACUUUCUUCAGGUUUACUUUGUGUCUGCCUGAACAAAAAUUCUCAACUGGAGGUACAAGAAGACAUUUAAAUUAAGCGUGUGGAAAAUGUAUAUAGUGGAAAUGUACAUAUUUUGUGUGGAAAUAGCCUUCUCAAAUAAUCUGAGAAACAAGAGUGCACUGUACAGAAUUGCAUGUGAAAAUGAGUCUUUUCUACUGGAUGUUUGUUUCUGUUUACAUAUCUGUUGUAACGAGACAUGAAGCAGUGCAGUGGUUGAGCAGUAUCGUGGGCACACCGCGGGAUUCAGCCGGCGCUGG